CUCAGUCCAACCGACAUCAAGACAGUCAACCAGAGAAUGUGGCUGCUGUGGCAUCAACACGGCGAUCUGGACCAUCAGCUGGCCACCAUCUGCCACCAGCUGGAGGAGCGUUUGGGCAUCAAAUCGAUGUUCGAGUCCAGACAGGCUCGCUUCAUCGGCUGGGCCGACGAGCUGGAGAAGCGCCUGAGCCAGGAGACGCGCCCUAGACUGGACCCCAGGGAACUGCUGCGGAAGCUGGAGGUGGAGCUGCAGGCGGAACUGGGCUUGAAGGCGCGCGAGUACGACUGGCUGGUCCGAGUGGGCACUGAGCUGGUGAACUGCUGCGGCGACGAAUACGCCGACGUGACCGCCAAGCAGAUCAUCCAAGCCCGCACCAACGACGUGCAGGAGCGCUGGGAAAGGCUGGACAACCUGGGCAAGAGCCGGGCCAAUAAGAUCCACGAGCUCAUGCAGACCACCUGGCAGUUGGAGGAGCGCGUCCGGCAAAUCAGAGCGUGGCUCGCGCAAGUCGAGCACCAACUGGCCAGCCCAUUGGUCUACGAGUCGGGCGCCAAGGAGACCAUCGAGCGCCAGCUGCAGGAGCACGAGAAGCUGAAAAAGUCCAUUGAAAACGAGAGCGGAAACAUCGCGGAGGUGCUCAACCUGUGCGACCUCCUGCUGGGCGACGACGACCUCUUAAAGGCCCAGUACUCAGCCGAUGGCUUAAUAGACGCCGUCCGGAACCUGGAGAAGCGGUGGAAGGCCAUUUGCGGCCAAUCAGUGGAGCGGAAGAAGCGGCUCACUUUCGCCUGGAAGCUGCUGCAGGAGGUGCUGAAGCUCAGCCACGACCAGGACAAGUGGCUGGUGGCCAAGGAGCGACAGCUCAAAGAGCUGGACAGGCCCGCGUCCCAGCUGGACAAGGAGCAGCUGCAACAAGCCGUCUGCACUAUCGAGUCGGCAGUCAAAGACAUCGAGGCGCGCCAGCCAGCCUUUGAGAUACUCGAGCAAACCUACUCGAAGCUGGUGCGGAUCGCCGGCACUGAUCCCCAGAACAUUCAAGAACUCACCUCAACUGCUCGCGUGAGCAUCGCCAGAUGGCAAACCCUCCUGCCCAAGGCCCGCAGCAUCCUCAAAGGGCUGCAGGCCGAGCUGGCGCCCUUCAGGGACUUCUCGCUCGUCCACGAAGAGGCGGUGAUCGCCCUGAGUAGGAUCGACGGCUUGCUGACGGAGCUGCAGCACUUGGACUCUGGCGGCGCAGCUGCGCAGCAGCUGCAAGCCCUGGAAGCCCACCUGGCCGCUCAGACGCCUGUGCUGCAAGCAGCCGAUCGGCUGGGGCUGCAGAUAAUGAAGAAGAGCCCAAAAGAGGACAUAGCGAAAAUCCAGGAGAUGAUCGACGAGUACCAGACCCUGAGCAAAGAAAUCACUAGGAGGAUCGCCACUGUUAAGACUGAAAUCACCGUCGACGAAAGCGUCCAGGUGGACACGUUGAAGUUCGUCCAGGACACGGCAGUUCAAGUGAACACGCUGCCGCCGCAGUUGCAGCGCAUGACCUCGAUUAGCGCAAAAGACGCCUACGCAGCCGAACUGGACGCAGCGCUUGGGGAAUGCGAGCUGAACAUCAGCGAGCUGCAGGCCUUCAUCAACACGGCCGUUCCGCAGCCAGGCUCCUCAGAGUUGCCCACCAGCAGCAAGAAAAUCGCGAAAAUGUCGGCCAAGUGUCAGGCGAGCACCGAACUGAUCAACCAUCUGCACGAUCUUCUGGUGAACGAAUGCAGCGCCACCAGCGAGGAGGCCUGCAGCGAAAAGGUCGCCGCCCUGCUGGCCAGUUUCGACCAAUUGCUGAUCAGAGCGAAGGACAAGGAGCAGAAACUACGAGAGCUAAGAACUACUGUGCCCGAUGCUUAUAACUUGUUAUGCCAACAGUAAGUAGAUUCUUUUCCUCUUUAACUCUUGUACCCACAGCAUGCUGUUGGUGAGUU